CCUGGCCGUGCACCCCGACCGGCUCCGCGUGGCCACGGGACAGGCGGCCGGAGUGGACAAGGACGGGAAGCCCCUGCAGCCCAUCGUGCACAUCUGGGACUCGGCCACGCUCCAGACGCUGCAGCAGAUCGGCCUCGGCUCCUUCGAGCGCGGCGUGGGCUCGCUCGCCUUCUCCACAGCCGACCAGGGCGCGUUCCUGUGCGUGGUGGACGACUCCAACGAGCACAUGAUGUCGGUGUGGGACUGCGCCCGCGGCACCAAACAGGCCGAGGUCAAGAGCACCAACGAGUCGGUGCUGACGGUGGAGUUCAACCCCCGGGACAGCAGCAGCAUCAUCAGCAGCGGCAAAUCCCACGUCUACUUCUGGACCUGGAGCGGCAGCGCCCUCACCAAGAAGCAGGGCAUUUUUGGGAAGUACAAGAAGCCCAAGUUCAUCCAGUGCUUCAUCUUCGACGCGGCCGGCGCCGUGCUGACGGGGGACUCGGAGGGGAACAUCCUCACCUGGACCCCGGCGCCGGGAAAGGGGGGGAAAGAGAUGUACCAGAUCGGGCAGCAGACGCGGGCGCACGAGGGCAGCGUGUUCGCGCUCUGCCGCCGCCGCGACGGCACGGUGCUGAGCGGCGGGGGGAAGGACCGCAGGGUGCUCAGCUGGAGCCCCCAGCUCGAGCUGCUGCACGAGGUCGAGCUCCCCGAGAGCUUCGGCGCGGUCCGGACGAUCGCGGAGGGUCCCGGCGAGGAGCUGCUGGUCGGGACCACCCGGAACGCGCUGCUCCGGGGCACGCUGGGCUCCGGCUUCACCCCCAUCGUCCAGGGUCACACGGAUGAGGUUUGGGGUCUGGCCACGCACCCCAGCUGCUGCCGCUUCCUCACCUGCGGCCACGACCGGCAGCUCUGCCUGUGGGACGGGCGGGAGCACGCGCUGGCCUGGAGCCUGGGGCUGGAGGACACCGGGCUCUGCGCCGACUUCCACCCCGAGGGACACGUGGUGGCCGUGGGGCUGCUGACGGGGCGGUGGCUGGUGCUGGACACGGGCACACGGCAGCUCCUGGCCGGGGGCUCGGACAGCAGCGAGCAGCUCUCGGUGGUGCGCUUCUCCCCUGACGGGACCUUCCUGGCCAUCGGCUCUCACGACAAUUUCAUCUACAUCUACAGCGUGGCCGAGGGCGGCCGCAAGUUCAGCCGCUUCGGCCGCUGCACGGGUCACUCGAGUUUCAUCACGCACCUGGACUGGUCCAAGGACGGGCGCUUCAUCAUGUCCAACUCGGGGGAUUAUGAGAUCCUCUACUGGGACGUCGCCGGGGGCUGCAAACUGCUCCGGAACCGCUUCGAGAGCCGGGACCGGGAAUGGGCCUCCUACACCUGCGUGCUGGGCUUCCACGUCUUCGGGGUGUGGCCGGACGGCUCGGACGGCACCGACAUCAACUCGCUGUGCCGCUCGCACCACGAGCGCGUGGUGGCCGUGGCCGACGACUUCUGCAAGGUUCACCUGUUCCAGUACCCCUGCGCCCGGCCCAAGGCGCCCAGUCACGUGUACGGCGGGCACGGCAGCCACGUGACCAACGUGCGCUUCACACACGACGACGGGCACCUGGUGUCGCUGGGCGGGAAGGACACCAGCGUGUUCCAGUGGCGGGUGCUGCCCGGCGACAGCGGCUGAGCCCCCCGCGCCUCCUCCUCCUCGCUGCUUCCUCCUCCCUUUUCCCCUUCCUGGGACCAAAGAGCGGGGUGAGGGCUUGGUUCAAGCCUUCCUUCCCCCCCCCCCCACCCCGCGUUUUCGCGCUGCACUGUGAGAGGCGUCAAUAAAGCCUUGGGGGUCAGGGCAGGGCCCCGCCGCUUCUUCCGCGCCGGAAUCGCCGCCGCUUCCCG